AUGACGGAGGCACUUGAAAAGGUACUCGCACAAUUUAAGGAAAGGUUUGGCAGAUAUCCGAAGGCAGCGCAAUUCGACGACGGAAAGGAAUUCUACAAUGUUGGAGUAAAUACGUUGCUAAAGUAUCACGAUGUCCAUCUGGAAACUUAUCUUGAAACGAAUGGGUUACUUGUACAACAACAAGCUGGUUUUAGAAAGAAACACUGUACGCAGACUUCUCUCCUUAGCAUUACAAAUCAAUGGUUUAUUAACAUGGAUAAGGGAAAUUUGAAUGGUGUUAUCUUUCUUGACUUAAAAAAAGCAUUCGAUUGUGUUGAUCAUAGUAUUCUAUUAAGAAAACUUUAUAAUUAUGGAAUAAGAGGAAAAUCAUUUCAAUGGUUCCAGUCCUAUCUCUCUGAUAGAGUACAAAUGUGUAAAGUUAACCAAACAUUAUCUAACAAAAGAAUCGUUAAAUGUGGUGUGCCACAGGGCUCAAAUCUUGGCCCAUUAUUGUUUUUAUUAUAUAUAAACGAUCUUCCAAAUUGCUUGCCUUCAUCGGCUGCUAGCAUGUUUGCCGAUGAUACAAAUAUUUCUACACAUGGCUCAUCAGCGGCAGAAAUUCAGGAACAACUAAACCAUGACUUAGACAACAUACACCAAUGGUUGCUGGCUAAUAAGCUUACUUUGAAUAAAGAAAAGACCGAAUAUAUGGUAAUUGGGUCUAGACAAAGAUUAUCUAAAGUAUUAAAUGAGCCGGAAAUCCACGUAGGCGAAACAACAAUUAAACGGGUAAGCUAUUCUAAAACUCUAGGCGUUGUUAUAG